UGUACCAAACCUGUGACUCACACAGUCACUACUGAAUACUCUUGCUACUAGGAGUAUUGAAUAUUGAUCAGUCAACUUGUUAAUGGUACAGGACGGACCGAAACAUCGUCAUUUCUUCAUUUACAGGGCUGUGUAUUUUGAAGCCGUAAGGUACCUAGAUGACCCCUACAGGAGUGAAGUGUGUGUUAGUAUGGCUUAGUGUGGCACUGGUGAGCAGGGUGCGCAGUGUGGGGGAUCAUCCCCCCGGCGCUGCCAGGCCAGACGGCGCACUGCUCGCCUUCUCACCCUCACGCGACGUACGCUCUCUACCCUCACCCCACAACCACACCUGUGCACUCAAAGAAACGUUAAAGGAAGUGUCUGAGGUGAUUAUAAGAUAUACCUGACAACAUGGGAAGCUACGCGCGCUCCGUCCAUGAAAAGAUGCUGGCCAACUUGACAUCGCUGAUCUGGGGCAGUGACAGCACACCAUCUACCACCACCACCUGUCCAACUAGUGAAGAAGAAUCUGAGACUCUGACAUUAGUAAAUAUCAGAGCCAGCACACCCUCAGACGAGGAAGAGUCUGACUGGGUCUUGGUCGAUGCAGCAGAGGUUGGUGAUGCGAGUUACGGUGAGGCCCAGGCUUUGCAGCUGAUAGCAACAGCAUCAUCAUCAUCAUCAGCAUCAUCACCAUCAUCAUCAGCAGCAGCAUCUAAACCAACAUCACCGCUAAGCACUUUUGGAGAGACGUGUGUGGGGGGAAUGCAGGGAUGGCUAAUGACCCCACCACCGUGCUUCACACGAUCACAGGUGGCCCCCCUAGCCACCUCUCCUUUAGAAAAUCUGCUUAUAGAACACCCCAGCAUGUCUGUCUACCUGCCACGCCCCACUUACACCAGCACAGCCAUCGCAAGAAUAUUUCCUCGUCGUGUCAUAUCUCACUCCUCCCCAUAUUCCCGUUCUCCCCCUUCAGUUUCACCCUCCUCCCAGCCCACCCCUGAUGACAAUGAGGAUUCCCCCAUGAGAGAAGAUGCUGGUGCUGAGGGUGGCAACCAGGUAGUAGAGCCCCCAUCAAGUCGAUCAAGUGUGACCCAGAGAGCGUCUACCCUCCUUCAAGCUAUUGAUGUGCUUAGGCCAGCACAAAAGGCUCAACGUCGCCGAGAGGAGCGGCGUCUGAAGCGCAAGCCCCUAGAACGUAGUAAUAAAGCACGAGAGGUGGCUGCAGCUGGCAACAAACGUUCCAAGCGAAAUGACAUGAUGGUGCCUGGAAAGUUCUCCCGUGCGGUAAACAACCGCAAGUGCUAAAAUUUAAAGGCUGUGAAAAGGGGUAAAAGUAAUGUUCAGUAAAAUAAUAUUCUAAUGAAGUAUAAGAGGUAUUCAAAGAAAACAAAAGUAUGCCGUGUUUAGCAUCAAAGUGGCUAUUGAAAGAGUGUAUUGUGUGUAAAUGCCAAUUCUUCAUAACUUAGUAGGUAUUUAUUGAAAAAGAUGCUAUAGAGUAGUUAAUUUGUUUAAAUGGAAGCAAUGUUAAUUGUUUUAUAAAAAGUUAGCACUUAUCAUUACUGCAAAAUUAUAAUACAGUAUUAACUGUUUAUAGUACUGUACUGUACUGACAAGAACAUUAAAUUCCUUACAUGCUAUAGAAAGGCAGAACAACUUUUACCCCUUCCUUAAACAAUUCUUGCGUUCAGUUUAUGGUAUGUAUAUUUUUUAAUUUGUGCGUGUUCCUGAAAAUAUGUAAUUGUUGUAAGUUUGACCGAAUUUGGUAAUGCUCAUGUUAUAUUGUCAUGUUAAUUUAUAUGGGUUCUGAUCUAUUGUCUUUGGCCAUCCUUCAGGGUUGUAGUCGAAUCUCAUUAUGCCAAUUAUUUUAAAGUAAUGUACAUGUAUAAUUGAUUUUUUUAUGGAUAACAAAAAUGAAUAUUUUAUGUAUGAUUGAAUAGCAUUCAUCUGAUGUAGCUUAGACUACUAAGCUCAACUUAAAAUGCCUUUUAUGCUCUCUGAAUAUGUGUUCAGUGUUUUAGCAUACAACAUCAGUGCUAUUCAUUUAGUAUAACUUUACAAGUUGGUUAUUCCAUGUCUUUGUUUUGUAGAUGUAUCUUUGCUUUUACAAGAUACUGAAGUGAGAAACUUAGGAUUAAGGAAAAAUAUAUUAAAAAUUAUAAAAUGAAAAAUGUAUAUAUAAAAAGUCUUUCAUAAUUGUGUGAAUGUUACUUGCUACCGUGCAUGGUCGUAUACGUGAUACGAAAUGUUUUUUUUUGGUAGAAGACAAAAGUCUCAUACUGUACUGUAGUUGUUAUCCAUGUGCACCAGAGCGCUAUUGCCAUUCUGUAUUGUCCUGAGAACUGCUCGCACUGCCACAACUGGAUGUGUAAGGGUACCCAAAAAGUAGAGUUAAUAUAUUUAGUCAUUAGGAAUGGCAUUUUUUUUGUAUUGUAGUGAUAAUUAAGGCAAUAUUUAAUGUACAUAAAAUGAGCCUGCUGGUUUUAUGAAGUAAAAGAUCUCAUGAGUGUUAUAAUAUUGGCCUAGUCUGUAGGUGCUCCGAUGUAUGUGAAAAUGUCAAGUUGAGGAUACUUGUUAUAAAAUGUGUAUUCUCGGUAGCCACACCUUCAGUUGCAUUUUACAAUGCAGAGAAUGCAUCAUAUAUAAAUGUAUGUAUUAUCAUGGUGUAUAUUGAAUACUGAUUUUUUGAGAGGAAAAUCUGUACAAAAUAAUCUUACUUGAAGAUGUAUUUUAGAGACUUAUUAGCUGUACUCAUGGAAAGACACACACAGCUCAGGGAAUCUGUAGUGUUAUCUUGUGUCACAUUGCAAUGCCUCUUUAUUUACAGAGUACGGUGCCGCUCGUGUCUCCAUCAUUCCAGUAUCAUAUGUGAAGCCUGAUACACGGCAAGGUAUCGGGAACCUGAAUUUGUUGACAUGUAAAAGCAUCGUCAUUUUUAUCUGGAAAGAAAAGUGACUGAAUUGCAAAUUUGUAUCUCCCAAUGAAUGAGUUGAGCUGCUACAUGCUGUGUUGUGAUGAAUUGACCACAUGGCUCCCUAAAAAAAAAAACCCUAGUAUGGAACUUUUUUUUUUUUCCCCCUUGAAGGCACAAAAGUAUACAUCUUUAUUCAGUUGUAAGUACUGUAAUACUGUAAUUUAAUCUAUAUAGUACUGUACUUCAUUUGAUGUAUGGAUAAUUGUAGUGUAAAUACUGUAUAGUAUUUUCAAGUAAUUGUAAAUUCUUUUAUUUAUUUUUGUGUUUGAUGCCAAAACACAACUCCAUCUUUUGCAUCCUUUAUCAAAGGUCUGAUUAUACAGUAUGAUUCAGAUAAAAUGUGAUUUUUGUAA